GGUUGAGCUAGAUUCUGUUCUCGGCAGCUGGAUGCCGGCUCAGUGAUCGGCCCGAGGGAAUCAGUCGCUGACGGUGGAGACGAGCCUGACCGGGAUUGAGGUACCGAUGGCCUUGCUCCGUGUUGUCUCUGGGCACUGAAGUCUGCACUCGGAGCACUCGGAGCGUUGGGGUAUUCCUGGCUUGUGUGUAAUCAGCCAGCUGGCUUCUCCUUGAGGAAUGGCUCCCCAGUUCCGCAGCUACGUCUGGGAUCCUGUUCUCAUCCUCUCCCAAAUCGUGCUCAUGCAGGCGGUUUACUACAGCUCUCUGGGCCUUUGGUUGGCUCUGGUGGACAGCCUGCUACGGAGCAGCCCGUCUCUUGACCAGAUCUUCAGUUAUGAGAUCUUGGGAUUCUCCACACCCCCAGGGAGAGUUUCUAUGAUGGCAUUUGUCCUAAAUGCACUAACCUGUGCUGUGGGCUUAUUAUAUUUCGUCCGCCGCGGAAAGCAGUGCUUGGAUUUCACAGUCACCAUUCACUUUUUCCACCUGCUGGGCUGCUGGAUUUACAAUGGCCGCUUUCCCACUGUUCUGACCUGGUGGCUCAUACAUACUGUGUGCACAGCGCUCAUGGCUGUGAUUGGGGAAUACCUCUGUAUGAGAACUGAAAUGAAGGACAUUCCAUUAAAUUCAGUCCCCAAAUCCAAUGUAUAGAUGUCCUGUCUCUUCUGGUCGGCUUCUACGUCUUGGUGCUAACGUGUGGCACAUGAGGUUAGAGCUAAAGAAAGUAAGCAGGGCUGUACUGACUUUUUUGAAGAUAGCAGUGGCUGCAAGAAUGAAGUUUUGCGGAUCCCCUGAACAAGAUGAACAAAGCAGAUAUUUCAUUUUGACGAGACCCACCUUAUCACCUUUACAAGAGGACAUGCCCACAUGGCUCAUGGCACAGGUCAGAUCCAGUUCUGGAAAACAACAUGUACAAGUAAAAACAGGAGUUACACAUCUUUUGAGCGAUGUGGACUGGGUUGUGGCGACGAGAGCUUUCCUUUUUCUGCAGUAGAAGGUGUAGCCUUCUGGAGAUCUCUGUAGACAUCGAGCAGUAUUCUGUGAACUGUUUGGAGUUAGCGCUUUGUUUCUCCUGGACACCCAACAUCUGUUUGAUUUUAGCUGGCCUUCUUGAUUUAAAAACUGAGGGGAUAAAAGAGUGUCGGAGGACAGGCUGCCAUACUUCAGAGCCAGCAAGCUGUGAUCCCAGACCGCUUGGUUUCUUUUGCCACUCGAACACAGGCAAAGGAGGACAUGACUGCGUUUGUUUGAGUGGAAGAAUUUAAAAGAUAGUAACAAUAGAAACUUAUUUUUCCAUCAGAGUAUUAUAGGUCACUGGUUGGACAUGGUUACGCUGUUGCUUUGUGCAUCAGCAGGGAGAAAGGCACACCAUUCGAAAAGCUGUGCCUCCCCCCCCCCCCCAGCUUCAACGUAGGAGACAGCCAGUCUCAAGGCUGAAGGUGGAGGGGUAGCUGUCACUCAUUACAAGUGCUGAAUUCUAAGCUAGACAUACUUCAGAUGAGCCUCUGCAACAUGCAUCACCAUGGAGAUGCAAACCUUUUCUCCGAUGAUCAGAUUCUGUUCUCUGUAACCAAGGACCCAUGUUGUUCUGCGUUACAGGCACAGUUAGCUGGUGUCUUCAUAGUACCACCAUUUGCUUUGUAUACAGCAUCAGUAGUCUCCUAUGGACAGAGGCUUAAGCAGCUACAUGACGGCCCAUGUUCAGUGCAGCCAUGGGAAGGUUGGUCAGUAUCGGGCCCAGGCAUCAGUGGAUUUAUCUGGCUUUUUAACUACGGACGUUGCUUCAUUUGAGUCAUAUCACUGAGAUUUCAUUUGUAUAUAAAUAUUUGUGAACACUAUUAGUUUGUAUAAGUUAUACUGGUAAAUUAAUACUCACUUUGUAAAGACUGGAGAGAUAAUUUUGUGAACAGGAAUUUGAUAAAUCGUCUCAAAACGUUCUGAUGGGUUUCUGUACAUACUCUGUAGCUGGCAACCCUUUGCACAUAGCUCUUGUCCUAGAUUAAAUAUUUACUCUGCCUUGCGUUGGGAAGAAGGCAGCUGUUUUCUUGCCCUGCUGUUAUGGUCAAGUGAACCCAUCAGAAUCAAAAUUCGCCUCUUUCAAGGUUUGAUCAGGCACAUGCAAUAUACCCAUU